AUGCGUCUUUCCAGUGCAGCGACAGCCCUAGGGCUGUUCUGUGCUGCCACCGCUUCCCUCCACCCUCGCCGCUCUUAUGAGACUCGUGACUACUUCGCGAUUCACCUCGACUCCGCAACAUCCCCGUCGGAUAUUGCUCAACGGCUAGGCGCUCGCCAUGAAGGCCAGGUAGGCGAACUCGACGAUCAUCAUACAUUUUCUUUACCUCGAGAGGACGGUGCCGAUCUCGAUACGCUUCUACAUGGCCUACAAGUGAAGAGGAAGUUGCGACGACGCGGUGUCGACGCUGAUCCACUCGACAAGCGAGAUGAAGACCUCGCCGGUAUUCUCUGGUCUCAGAAACUGGAACCAAAGCACCGGCUAGUAAAACGAUCGCCGCCGCCUGAGAAGUUCACCCGAGCCUCCACUGUCUCCUCCUCUGAGGAUGCGGAAGCCAUGGAAGCCCGGAGUGAGCUUGCUUCCACACUUGGAAUAGUGGACCCCAUAUUCGAGUCGCAAUGGCACUUGUUCAACACCAAGCAAGUCGGUCAUGACCUGAACGUCUCUGGAAUCUGGUUAGAAGGCAUCACCGGAAAAGGUGUGAUCUCUGCGGUCGUGGACGAUGGCCUGGACAUGUACAGCAACGAUCUCAGCCCAAACUACUUUCCCGACGGCUCAUACGAUUUUAACGAGCACACCGCAGAGCCUAGGCCACGUCUUCCCGACGAUAAACACGGCACCAGGUGCGCAGGAGAAAUUGCUGCCGCCAGAAACGACGUCUGCGGUGUAGGUGUCGCGUACGAGAGUAAAGUUGCCGGAAUUCGAAUAUUAUCUGGAGCUAUUGAUGACAACGACGAGGCUAGCGCCAUCAAUUAUGCAUACCAGAGGAACGAUAUCUACUCGUGCUCUUGGGGCCCGCCUGAUGAUGGUGCGACAAUGGAACAGCCGGGAGUGCUCAUCAAAAAAGCAAUGGUCCACGGCGUUCAAAAAGGCCGAAGUGGUAAAGGAUCGAUCUUUGUGUUCGCGGCUGGGAAUGGCGCAGCCUCGGGGGACAACUGCAAUUUCGACGGCUACACCAACAGCAUUUACAGUAUAACCGUCGGCGCUAUUGAUCGAGAAGGAAACCAUGCAACUUACUCCGAGUCCUGCUCGGCGCAACUUGUGGUUGCGUACAGUAGUAAAACUGGUUCAGACUCUAUACACACGACCGACGUUGGUACGGACAGCUGCUACUCAUAUCACGGUGGAACAUCUGCUGCUGGCCCCUUGGUGGUAGGUGCCAUGGCGCUUGCUCUGAGUGCCCGUCCAGAACUCACAUGGCGCGAUGCCCAAUAUCUCAUGGUUGAGACAUCGGUUCCAGUCCACGAAGAUGAUGGAAGUUGGCAGGAAACUAAGAGUGGGAGGAAAUUCAGCCACGACUGGGGAUUUGGAAAGCUCGAUACAUACAGUCUCGUGCAGAGGGCGAAGACCUGGGAACUAGUGAAGCCGCAAGCGUGGUAUCACUCACCAUGGCUGAGAGUGCAACAUGAAGUCCCGCAGGGUGACAAGGGCCUUGCUGCAUUUUGGGAGGUCAGCGAGAAGAUGAUGAAGGACGCAAAUAUUGAAAGGCUGGAGCAUGUCACUGUGACCAUGAACGUGAACCACACACGUCGCGGUGACCUGAGCGUGGAGUUGCGAAGCCCUGAAGGCAUAACCAGCCACCUCAGCGUCUCAAGACCAAAUGAUAACGCCGAGCUCGGAUACAUCGACUGGACUUUUAUGACCGUUGCCCAUUGGGGUGAAUCGGGCAUCGGCACAUGGACUGUUAUCGUAAAGGACACCAAUGUCGAUGAGAACAAGGGACAAUUUGUCGACUGGCGGCUCAACAUCUGGGGUGAGGCCAUUGACGCAUCCAAGCAAAAGCCUCACCCUCUUCCUACUGAGCACGAUGAUGAUCACAGCAUUGAAGACUCAAUCGUCGUUACAACCAGUGUUGAGCCAGGCCCAACACCCACACAACUUCCUGACCCCUCAAAUACCCUUGACCGCCCCGUAAACGUCAAACCGACCCCAACGGAGACCGAAUCCGAAGCUGAAUCCGAAUCUCCCACGCCCACCCCAACACCUGCCUCGGACAGCUUCCUUCCAUCCUUCUUCCCAACAUUUGGCGCUUCCAAGCAUACACAAGUCUGGAUAUACGCAGCCAUCAGUUCAAUCAUUGUUUUCUGCAUCGGACUUGGGGUGUACUUCCAAAUCCAGCGCCGCAGACGUCUUCGCAAUGACCGUGACGAUUAUGACUUCGAAAUGAUCGAGGAUGAGGAUGAGGCCAAGGGUUUGAAUGGAUCUUCAACCCGUCGUCGCGGAGGUGAACUUUACAACGCCUUUGCAGGUGAAAGCGAAGAAGAGCCUCUCUUCAGUGAUGAGGAUGAUGAUGAGCCCUACCGGGACCAAGAAGCAGCCGGGAGGAGAAGCACCAGCGCAGAUGAUACCCGAAGAAACCACGACUAG